CACGGCAGCUCGAAGUUUCGAACAUUGAAGAUCGACGUGCUUAUACGUGUGAUCGGGUCCCCUCUUGAUUAUCGGGGAUCAAUUCUUACACCCCAGUCACCCAGACAGAGCUGAAGAGGGGCUUGCUUCAUAUUCAGGUUUCCUCAUCCAUCAUUCGGAAGAUUUUUCCAAUUGCGCAAUAGUUGGGAGACACAGUAGAUGUCUUCUACAACUCUGCGGAGACGACGGCUCCACCACGGGGACCUCGACGGCAAACGGGACGACCAAUUCGAGAGCUUUAGUUCCGACGAUGAUUUGGACAAGCCAUUACUUGGUGCUUAUAAAUUACAUAACCGCUCCAGUUAUGACGACGACCAUUCCGAGGGAUGCUCCCUGGCGGAGAUCUUGGAUGAAGGGCGAAGGAAAGAACACCUCCACUGGACCCUACUAUUUUCACAGCUAAUUGCUCAGUGGGCACAGUGGUUAGCAAGCAUUGUCUUCGGCACAGGAUCAUUAUUAGGAUGGAUUUUCCCCUUCUUGCCAAUGGUAUCCCAAAGUGGACUUACAACCAGGCUUUUACCUCCAUUGCUCAACCCCUUGCAGGAGGCCAGGUUAAAGCAUCUGAAGCAAAGAGUUGGAGUUCCUUUUGAUGGCUCUUUUGGGGAGCAUCAAGAGGCACUGAAACAGCUGUGGAAGUUAGCUUACCCGAAUAGGGAGCUUCCACCCCUUAAGUCAGAACUUUGGAAAGACAUGGGCUGGCAAGGAUGUGAUCCUUCAACAGACUUCAGGGGUGGAGGCUACAUAUCAUUGGAAAAUUUGAUAUACUUUGCCAAGGCAUACCCGACAUCAUUCCAGAACUUGUUGCAAAAGCGAAAUGGGAAACGAUCUGAAUGGGAGUAUCCCUUUGCUGUAGCUGGCAUCAAUAUAUCUUUUAUGUUGGUUCAGAUGUUGGAUCUUCAAUCAGCAGGGAUUCCAAGCACACUACCAGCCAUACGCUUUCUAAAUUUACUCAGCCUUGAUGAAAGGGCUUUCGACAACCUCUUUUGUGUUGCCUUUGAAAUGCUAGAUGCACAGUGGCUUGCAAAGCGGGCCUCAUACAUGGAGUUUAAUGAUGUCCUAAAGUCUACCAGAACCCAACUAGAGCGCGAGCUCGCACUCGAAGACAUCUCCAGCAUAAAGGAUAUGCCUGCAUUUAAUCUAUUGACAAGAUGAUCCAAUUUGGUCUUCCAAUACAACUGUAAUUACAUCCUAUGCACACAGUAAUACAGAUAAUUAUUGUGUAUGAAUUUCUGUACGCGGAGCAUGCAAAGAAAUGAGAGUAAAUAACAAGUUUAUGAAGGUCUUAGUCCCUCAAAUAAAGGGGUUUGCAUAUUUGGCCCCUCUAUUAUUUGCAUAUCCAAUUUUAGUCAUUGGAUUAUUAUUCUUGUAGUGGUUUUAUACUUCUAUUCCCUCACCAAAGUACAUCG